UCUGCUAGAGAUUUUUUCUGGGUAUGUGUUAAUUAUGGUAUGUUUGUUAUGGAUCAUGUGAUUUUUUUGGUAACAGUCUUAAAGGGAUUGGAAUUAUUUAAAAGUUGAAUUUUCUCUUUCUAGAUGUAUUGGUACUGUUUCUGCCCAUGUAGUUUUUAGCUAUUUUCCUUACUAAAUUCCUUCUGUCUUUGGAUCCUUUUGUCUGUCAACUGUCAGAUUUUUGUUUCUUGGUUUGUUGAUGAUUAUUUCGAAAACCCAUUAAAUAAUUUCGUCUCUUUGUUAAUUCUCCUUGUCCUUGAGGUGAUUUAGCUCCUGGAAGAGAACUGCAAAACCCUCAUAGCCUCAUCAUCUCUUCAUCACUCUCUUUCUCUCUCUUUCAUCAUGUUCUCUUAAUCUUGUACAAGAGAAGGAUAUGAAGUUUGACCAGAAUAUACUUUUUUUUUUUGUAAUUUUUAUUAUAUAAAAGGAAAAAAAAAACAGUUUUGCUUUGGCAGGACCUUCUUGCUUAUAGUUAAUUACACAGCUGAUUCCUCAUCCAGGUGGAGACAGUAAUGCUAGGAACAUGGGGAAGAAAGGAAGCUGGUUUUCUGCAAUCAAGAAGGUCUUUCUACCCCACUCCAAGGACAAGCUAGCCAAUGAAGCAGAUAGGAAAAGCACAAAAGAAAAGAAGAAGGGGCGAGGAAAACUAAGGCAUGCUGAUACAAAUUCAUUCAUUCCCCUGUUCAGAAAACCAAGUAGCAUUGAGAAGAUUUUGGAUGAGGCCGAAAGGGAGCAUAAACUAAUUUUCAGGCCUCCCACACCUCCUGAGCAACCGAAAACGCCACCUUUUGUGCCUCCAAGAGUUGCUUCUCCAAAGGUUCCUUCGCAAAGAGUUCCCUCCCCAAGAGCUGCUUCUCCUAGAGUUUCUUCCCCUAGAGCUGCAUCUCCAAAGGUUCGUUCCCCGAGAGCAGCUUCUCCGAAGCAUGUUCCUCGUCAUAAGGAGACAUACUACAGACCAGAACCAACUCUCAGGAACCACCAUGCUUCAGCUACCAAGAUCCAAGCAGCCUAUAGAGGCUAUAUUGCAAGAAGGAGCUUUAGAGCUCUGAAGGGCCUGGUGAGGCUUCAAGGAGUGGUAAGAGGACAAAGUGUGAAGCGGCAGACGAUGAAUGCAAUGAAAUACAUGCAGCUCUUGGUCCGGGUCCAAUCUCAGAUUCAGUCACGGAGGAUCCAGAUGUUAGAAAACCAAGCACGGCGGCAAGCUCAAUAUAGGAGUGAUAAAGACGUCGAGAGUACCUUGGGCAAAUGGAGCCUUGCUUCUGAGGCAGGAAAUGGAGAUUGGGAUGACAGCUUGCUAGUGAAAGAGGAAAUUGAGGCAAGGUUGCAGAGAAAGGUGGAUGCAGUUAUCAAGAGAGAAAGAGCGAUGGCAUAUGCAUACUCCCACCAGUUAUGGAAAACGACUCCAAAAUCUGCUCAAUCAGCUCUAGCAGACAUUCGAUCGAAUGGAUUUCCGUGGUGGUGGAACUGGUUAGAUCGUCAAAUACCUCCGACAAAUACUCCUGAAAGCCAAGCGUUAAAGAAUUUUCAACUUACACCACCAAGGCCACAUUCCGAGAUGAAGCCAAGCCCGCGGCCAUCAUCAAGCAACUACAAGCAACAGCAUUUUGGGUUUGAUACUAUGGAUACUCCCACACCGAGAUCCAGUAAAUCAGUUGCAUUCGCGUCAACGAGACCAGCACGAACUCCAGUACACAGAACUCCACAAGCUAACACCUCAGGCUUGCCAAAAUACUCAAGAGCAAGAGCAAGUACCGGAGCCGAAUCCCCUUUCGACUUACCAAUGAAGGACGACGAUAGUCUGACUAGCUGCCCGCCCUUUUCAGUGCCGAACUACAUGGUUCCUACGGUUUCAGCCAAAGCCAAAGCAAGAGCUAACAGUAAUCCUAAGGAAAGGUUUCCAGGGACCCCAAGCAGUGAAAAGAGGAGGCUUUCAUUCCCUCUGACACAAGGCAUUGGAUCAUUCAAGUGGAACAAAGGAUCCUUGUUCUCUAACAAGGAUUCAACUUCUCAUAAACAAGAAUCACUUAAUUUGAGUGUGGAUUCAACCGUUUCUAUGCCUGCAACCGUCGGAAGGAAGCCAUUUAACCGAUUCGUGUGAUUUUAGUUUUGCGUAUAUUUUUAACCUUUUUUUUUCAUAUUUUUUGGUGUCAUUUGAUUGAGUUUAUGGUGAUAUUUUGAGUUACAUAACUACUGAUGUAAUAUAAUAAACCAACAGAUAGAAAAUGAUGGUUUGGAUUUAA